GCAGUUGCACUCUAUGAUUUCACACCACAAAAUGAUAACGAACUGCCGUUGGUGGAGGGACAGAGUAUUGCAAUCUAUUAUCGCCAUGAACAAGGCUGGCUUGUUGCUCUGGAUCCUCAGAGUGGAAAGAGUGGGUUAGUGCCUGAGGAAUAUGUCCGUCUAGGUCGA